UUUCCACUUUUGACCCUUGUGCUAAAAACAAGCCGAUCAGCUGCAGCUUCUAGGGGGGCUGCUGAUAAAACAUAGCUUAGCUCUGCCGACAGCAGGUAAAUGUGGCAGUAGGCAGGAUGGUCCUCGGCUGACAGGGGCAGUUUUAGCCCGAGUCCAGACAGCGUCUAUAACCUGGAAACCCUCCGUCAGUUGGAGCUGUUAGCUCAGCGGAGUGAAGUGAAGGUUUACCAUGAGUGGCCAGAGUCCAGCUGUGGAUAAAGGAAUGAACACUAUCCUGGUCUGCCAGGAGAGCUACGCCUGUGGAGGCUCAGACGAGGCCGCGUUUGAAUGCGAUGAAUGCAGCAGCUUGCAGUGUGCCCGCUGUGAACUGGAGCUCCACCGGCAGGAGCGCAUGAGGAAUCAUGACCGGGUUCGGAUCACAGCGGGUCACGUUCCCUUCUGCGACUCCUGUAAAGGCAACAACAGCUGCGCUGUCAGACUCAGAGCAGUGGUGCGUUGCCAGGGCUGUAAGAUCAACUUGUGUUUGGACUGCCAGAAACGCACCCACGGUGGAGUAAACAAGAGGAAGCACCCUCUGACGCCUUAUCCCCCCGCCAAGGCUCCUCAGGACAGUGGCGUAACCGACGGGGAGAUGGAGAUCUUCAAACUGAAGCUUGAGAAGGUGUGCAGCUUCCUGUUGGUUGACGAGAGGGAGGAAAUGCAGGUGAACAAUGAGGAGGACUUUGUCAGCAGACUGGGCUGCAGCCCAGAUGAACUCCUCAAGGUGGUCUCCAUAUUUGGCAACACUGGGGAGGGAAAAUCUUACACGCUGAACCACACUUUCUUCCUUGGGAGAGAAGUAUUUAAGACUUCCCCUACACAGGAGUCCUGCACCGUGGGCGUUUGGGCAGCUUUGGACCCCAUUCAUAGAGUUGUAGUCCUUGACACAGAGGGAUUGCUUGGGGCUGGAGCUAAUCAAGGUCAGCGGACCAGACUGCUCCUAAAGGUACUAGCUAUCUCUGAUGUGGUUAUCUACCGAACCCAUGCAGACCGUCUCCAUGAUGAUCUCUUUAAGUUCCUUGGAGACGCAUCAGACGCCUACCUAAAACACUUUUCUAGGGAGCUGAAGGUAACCACAGCCCGCUGUGGUCUGGAUGUUCCCUUGUCCACACUGGGUCCUGCGGUGAUCAUUUUCCAUGAGACCGUCCACACCAAGCUUCUGGGAUCAGACAAACCCUCUGAAUCUGCUGAGCGUCUGCUCCAGGACCGUUUCAGGAAACUGGGGCUUUUCCCCGAGGCUUUCAGCUCCAUCCAGUACCGCGGGACUCGCACCUACAACCCUCCCACAGACUUCAGUGGUUUGCUGCGCAGCCUGGAGCAGCAGCUGGAUAACAACAACACCCGAUCGCCGCGCUCUGCAACCGUUGUCUUCAAGGCUCUGCAGGCCUUGAGUGAGCGUUUCUGUGGGGAGAUUCCAGAUGAGCAAAUGACCAGUAACUCCUUUUUCCCAGAUGAGUACUUCACCUGCUCCAGCAUAUGCCUCAGCUGUGGAUCAGGUUGCAAGAGAAGCAUGAAUCACCUAAAAGAGGGAGUCGACCACGAAGCCAAACAUCGCUGCCGCUACUCUGCGCAAUCAGACAACCGCAUCUACACUUGCAAGGCCUGCUAUGAAGGGGGGAAGGAAGUGAUAGUGGUUCCCAAAACAACGGCGUCUUCUGACUCACCGUGGUUUGGCUUGGCUAUCUACGCCUGGUCGGGAUAUGUAAUCGAGUGUCCGAACUGUGGAGUGAUCUACAGAAGUAGACAGUACUGGUAUGGAAACCAGGAUCCAGUGGAAACUGUGGUGAGGACGGAGAUCCAGCACAUCUGGCCUGGGUCUGAUGGCUUUUUGAAAGACAACAACAAUGCUGCUCAAAGGCUGUUGGAUGGAGUCAAAUACAUUUCUCAGUCUGUGUCUGAACUCAGCGUCAAACCGGCCAAAGCGGUCACCUCCUGGCUGACCGACCAGAUCGCUCCCUCCUACUGGAAACCCAACUCUCUGAUCUUGAACUGCCAUAAAUGUGGGGAAGAGUUUCAGCCCAAUGACACAAAGCACCACUGCCGUGCCUGCGGAGAGGGUUUCUGCGACGCCUGCUCCUCCAAAACCCGGCCGGUCCCGGAGAGGGGCUGGGGGCUGGCGCCGGUCCGCGUCUGCGAUGCCUGCUUUCAAAACAGAGGGAUCUCAACUGAGCUACUUGAUGCUGCCUUAGAGGAAGAAGGAGGUACCCUGAUAGCAAGAAAGGUUGGAGAGGCAGUUCAAAACACUUUGGGUGCUGUAGUUGGUGCCAUUGACAUACCUUUAGGUUUAGUAAAAGACGCUGCUCGUCCUGCGUACUGGGUCCCAGACCAGGAAAUCGAGUUCUGCUGCGAGUGUCGCAGGGAGUUCACUCCACGUCUGUCCAUCCACCACUGCCGCGCCUGUGGCAAGGGCGUCUGCGACGACUGCUCCCAGGAGCGCCGCCCAGUGCCGUCCCGUGGCUGGGACCACCCGGUGCGGGUCUGUAAUGGCUGUGUCCAGAAAUCUGGGGAACUCUAGCAGGACACCUAGCUGGACUGAUUAAAUGGCACAAGACCUCCCAAGAACACUAGAGGCUAGAACCUCAUACCGUCCUUGAAGCUGCAGGAAAACAAACCAGUCUAACACUUUGAUCGGUUUCAUCAGACUGACUUCUAUAUGCCUAAAAUUCACACAGUGAAUACCUGUUAAAAUAGACUUGACUUGAAUAUUAGGAUGGGGGAAACGAUGCUAGCUUCCAGCAGAAUUCAGGCUGCUCUUAUUGUAGCUCACUAGUAACCCCCCAUCACUGUAGAUUUAGGCUCCUCAACCCUUUGACAAUCACGUCCUGUAUGACAUUCUCAUACUUUUAGCACCUUUUAGUGUAGUUUGGGGCCAUUUGUUUAUAGAAUUUAAGCAAAACUUAAACUAUAGUUGCCAUAUGCCUGCAAAAAAGUUCUUCCAGCUCCUCGAAGUUUCCCGUUACCCUUAUGCCAGCUUUUCUGCCUCCUUCAUGGCUGACGGGUAAUUCUGUUGCACCAAGAUGCAUUCCAAACAUUAAAACCUAAUAGCUAUAUAAAAUAUAUUAUAAAUAACUGUAUUAUUCAGUGGUAUACACUCAAGUGGCCCUUUACACUUUUAAAAGAAAGAUAUAAAAACAUAUACAUGAAAAAGUCUUACUAGAAUGGUGACAUUUUUAAAUGGACUCCUUUUUAUCUUAAAAACUAGAAUAUAAACACAGGGUUUAACCAGUAAAUAAAACCUAUUUGAGGCUGGCUCCUCAAACUGAGAGACAUGGGAGCUUUUAGGGAGCAGUGUUUGCAUGUGUUGCAGAUGGAAUAAUUCAAUGAACAAUUCUGUCUUAAUGUUUUUUUGGUUUUUCACAGGAUAUCUGAGAAUUGAGUUUUAAAUGUAUGGAAUGAGACAUGACUGUAUGGAAACUGGUUUGGUCAUUAAGUCAUCGGGUAAAUUACAGACUUUAUGACUUGAGUCAGUUCUUCUCUAUCAUCAGGUGAUGUGACAUGGAACCAGUCAUCGACUUGUGUUCAUGUAGUUCUCAUUUAUUAUGUAUUAAAAUGGCAGAAACACUUCUCAUUUAGAAGAACUGGUGGUCAUGUUUAUAUGUCCAUUGAAGCAGGUUCAUCACUCUUAAUAAUCAGAUGAGCUGAAAAAUCUUUACAGAAAGCACUUGAAGAACUUCUUUAUUUUGUAAAACAAAAACGAUCCCCUGAGGUUUAAAGGUCACCUAUAUGGUCUUUCUGGUCCAGGUGCUUCGAAGGAAGUUGGAACAUGUAUUAUAUUUUUUUUUGUCCUGAAAAAUCUAAACAUUCUAAAAGACACUGACAUUAGAAUUUAUAAGGAUGUAAAAGUUAUUAUUAUACAAUCAUCAAACCUUUACUUCGAACUAAGAAAAUCAAAACAUUUUAUUUAUUUUCUAUUUUAUGUAGAACUUAAGAUUUUUGUCACCAUGUAAACACAAAUUUUGAAACAAUUUACUUUGGCCUAUUGUAACAUACCAACACCAAGUAGCAGAUAAGUUUUAAAUUCUUUAAAAAAUAUAAUCAGAAAAGUGGGACAUGCAAACUCUAUUUUGAUAAACCUGAAUGAAAUAAUCUGGAGUGGACGAGAGGUAAACCUGGAGAGGCGAAGAAGAUACAGAAAACCUAUUUCAUUGUCUACUCAAUAAAUAUAGCCUUUAUGUAGGAAUUACUUCAAAAUUGGUUUGCUGUUAAAAAUAAUCCCUAUAAAAGUAGCUAUGGUCAGAUUAGACAAAACUAUUUUUUUUCUUCUAUGUCCAAAGUACUAUGUGUUGAGAAACCAACUAGUACAAAAACUGUUAGAGGCUGUAAAAGGUUGAAUUAACAGGACAACAAACCUGAAAAUGGUACAAGCGGUUUAGAUCUAAAAAAAUGGCGCAGUCAAAGUCUAAAUCCAGAAUUCAGACACUGAUGCUCACAGAUUGUCUCCUUCCAACUAAUAAUGAACUUGAGCUAUUGUGCAAAAGACAUGCAGCCCACCUUUCAGGUUUAUAUUUGAUUUAAUAAAAAUUAUAACCAGG